GUCCGUUUUGCACCUUUCGUUUGAAAAAAAAUAAAAGCCGGCCACGUGAGUUUUCUGGGCCGGGAGAAACGCUGGGAGCGGCUUGUGAGGGGCGAAAUGACCUCAAAGAGACAUCCCACAUCAUUUCCUUUCUGGGGAAAAGAGGAGCCUGUCGCAAUGCAACAAAUUCAGAGACCAAUGACUUUCAAGGAUGUGGCCAUUUAUUUCACCAAGGAGGAAAUGGCUCUGCUGGAUUUGGGCCAGAGAGCUCUGUACGCCGAGGUCAUGUGGGAGAAUUACGUGAUUGUGGUCUCCCUGGCGAGCACAGGCAGGUGCCCGGAAGAGACCCAGGUAGAGGAAAUGCAAGAGGAGGAGGCAGCAGAUGAGGAGUUUUUCGGGGAGGAGAGCCCCUUUGAAGAAGGACAAGAAAGGCAGCACAUCCUGCUACAACCUGUGGUAUCCUGUCUUGUUACAUCUCGGUCUUCACCUGUACCAGGACCAUCUUGGCAACUGGAGCCCACCUUCCUCGAAUCUGGCCAGCCAACCCCGUUCAGACAUGCCCAGACUGUCAUCCAUGAACCCACCCGGCAGGAACUAUCUGGAGAAGGGCCUAGCGGACCAGAAGGGGCCGCAGAUGUGCUCUCCUCUAUAGCCUCCUUGGAGCGACAUUGCUUGAACUCAUUGAACUCUAUCCACCUACGGGUGGACUCCGUCAGCAGACGUCUGAACAGGGUGUUGAAUGAUGUGAGGGAAGUGAAGAAUAUCAUUGGCUUCAAGUAACUCCAUCUUUGUAAAUAUUGUUAAAGUUUAUUAAUUCAGAGUCAUUUAUAGUGCAAGAAUUUUUUACUUAUAAAAGGCAAAAAUUUGA